GGUGCAGAAAAGGCUUGGAUAGAGUUUGGGAUCCUUCCAGCUUUAAGUUAUUUGCCCUGGAAAAGAUGGAACAGCGAGAUCUCCCCUUUUUUCUCCUGGAUUCCUUAAAAGGAGGAGACAGCAACAAAUGGAAUACAAAUUAACUUAGGCCUACACGGGGCUGGUGACACCUGAAAGAAGGGAAAGUGGAGAAGCUGUGCUCUGUGCUUUUUAUCUGGUGUGUUGGGAGUACAUUUUGGAGCAUGUUUACUACUUAGCAGGGAAGUGAAAUUCAGGCACAAGAGGCUGUAAAUGUGAAGAGCCAAUAUGGGGGAAAAGAAGGCAGAGCCAUUGGACUUUGUAAAAGAUUUUCAGGAAUAUCUUACCCAGCAGACUCACCAUGUCAAUAUGAUUUCUGGAUCAGUUACUGGCGACAAGGAAGUGGAGACUCUCCAGGGAGCUGGGACAGAAGGUGAUCAGAACGGUCUGGACCAUCCCUCUGUUGAAGUUUCACUGGAUGAAAACUCAGGAAUGUUGGUGGAUGGGUUUGAGAGGACGUUUGAUGGAAAGUUGAAGUGUCGAUACUGCAACUACGCCAGCAAAGGAACAGCUCGGCUCAUAGAACACAUCAGGAUUCACACAGGUGAGAAGCCACACAGGUGCCAUCUGUGUCCCUUUGCCUCGGCCUAUGAGCGUCACCUGGAGGCCCACAUGCGAUCCCACACCGGGGAGAAGCCCUACAAGUGUGAACUGUGCUCCUUCCGCUGCAGCGACAGGAGCAACUUGUCCCACCACCGGCGGCGCAAACACAAGAUGGUGCCCAUCAAGGGUACGAGGUCUUCCCUGAGCAGCAAGAAGAUGUGGGGGGUUUUGCAGAAGAAGACCAGCAAUUUGGGGUACAGCAGAAGAGCAUUAAUUAAUUUGAGCCCGCCUUCCAUGGUGGUGCAGAAACCAGACUACCUUAAUGACUUCACCCACGAAAUCCCAAAUAUCCAGACUGAAGCGUAUGAGGGCAUGGCAAAAACGGCUCAGAGUGGAGGGUUGCCAAGAGAUCCACAAGACCUCAUGGUGGAUAAUCCUUUAAACCAGCUCUCCACGUUGGCUGGACAGUUGUCCAGCUUGCCACCUGAAAACCAAAAUCCAGCCUCUCCUGACGUUGUUUCCUGUCAGGAUGAAAAGCCUUUCAUGAUCCAGCAGCCUGCUGCACCUGCAGUAGUUUCAGCUGUGUCAGCAAAUAUUCCUCAAAACUCAUCUCCAACCAGCCCAGAUCCUCGGCCUCCACAAAAUCAGAGGAACUAUAGUCCUGUGGCCGGGCCCAGCAGCGAUCGCAGCGCCCACACCAGUACUCCCAGUAUAAGUAACAGCCAGCCAAGUACUCCAGCUCCAACCCUCCCAGUCCAGGACCCUCAGCUUCUGCAUCACUGCCCACACUGUGACAUGUACUUUGCAGACAAUAUCCUUUAUACAAUUCACAUGGGAUGUCACGGAUUUGAAAAUCCUUUCCAGUGCAACAUCUGUGGGUGUAAGUGUAAAAACAAGUACGACUUCGCUUGCCACUUUGCAAGAGGCCAACAUAAUCAACAUUGACUGAGACAUGCUUUGGUUUAGUUUUUUAACAUAUUACAGUCUAUUUUUCAUACUUGCUGAUGGAAAGCUUGCACAUUCCCAUAUGGAAUAUUCACACUAGUCAAUUCGACAAAGGAGGCACAUUUAUUUCCGUGUUGUUGUAAAACUUGCCAGGGAAAUUUCGUGUAGGAUUUGGUUGUUAUUUUAUAUGUAGCCUUUCAAAGAAAGCCAAGAGUGCUGUCAGGAUUGGAAUGCAUUUACAUGCUGUGGUUGCUAAAUUUAAGUUGCUUGCAUUUAAUCCCAAUAAACAUUCUGCAAAUGGA